CUCGUCAACUACUUUUGUCUUGUCUACUGUUAUCUUCUUCUUUUUGCCCCAAUUCAUCCUUUUAAUUUUAACAUCCAUGGAGAAAACCCAGAUGAAAUUGCAACUUGAAUGAUAAGUAUGAGAAUCAGGAUCGGGUGGAACAUAGGAUUGUCCGAGUAAAAAGGCAGGGUUUUUAGACACAGAAUUAAUAACAGAACAACAAGUGAAGAAAUCAUGGCCGCAGACACAAAAUCCAGUAAUUUGAUGAAAUCGAAGCCCAGUACUGCAGGUGGGCUGUCAUCUUCAAAACCCAAGAUUGAUUCAUCUGCGUCCAAUAAGAAAGCUGUUGAGGGAUCAAUCAAGAAUUCUGCUGCUGAUGCGAAGAACGGAUCCAGCAGCAAUGCCUCCAAAACGAUAAAGAAAACAUCAAGUCAAUCAAAAGCUGAUACAAAAACGGUGCCCAAAACGAGAGAGAAGAAAGUUUAUUCCUUGCCCGGCCAGAAAUAUGAUGUUCCUGAAGAGCGAGAACCAUUGAGACUAUUUUAUGAGUCAUUAUCCAAGCAGAUACCUUCAAGUGAAAUGGCUGAAUUUUGGUUGAUGGAACAUGGCUUGUUGUCACUUGAAAAAGCGAAAAAGGCAUACGAGAAAAAACAGAGGAAACAAAAGCAACUACGGACAGGUACUCCCAUAAAAUCGCCACCGCCCUCGACAUCAAGUAGACCUGAGAGUUCAAGAAAACCACAGCCAGUUCCCAAGAAUGGUGAACCAAAAGCCAAGAAGCGGAUAACAAAUGACAGCGAUGAUGACGAUGAUUUUGUGCUAAGUCACAAACGAAGAAAAGGGUAAGCAGCUGUUUGUAUAACUCUAGGUUCAUAGAGAAUUCAGUUGCCUAGAUCCAUCUCGAUAUCAUUGCAGCCGAACCUGCAAAAGGAUGACCUUGAGAUAUUCUUUACUUUAGGAUUAUAGCAAUAAAAAUAUAGCUAAAUUCUGAUUCUUGGUCAUUUAUAUAUUUGUAAUCCACAAUAAGCCAACUACAUAUGUCUUUGUGGAUCUUAAUGUCGAAUUAUCAGAUAUUGCUUUCAGAGUCACAAAUACUUUAUUUCAUA